UCCUCUCGGGGUUAGCCACAAGGCGUACCCUGCCUCCUCUCUCUCUAUCUCACACUCUCACUCACUCGCUCACUCUCAUUCCGUGUCUUACAAGUGUCACACUGUUUCUGUAGUUGAGCAUUAUAGUUUGUCUUUUCCUUACUUUCCUUUAUAUUCUCUCUCUCUCUCUCUCUCUCUCUCUCUCUCUCUCUCUCUCUCUCUCUCUCUCUCUCUCUCUCUCUCUCUCUCCAUACCUUCACGGACACCUGUUGCAUUUAACCUCCACACCUCCUCCUCCUCCUCCUCCUCCUCUUUUCUUUCAUCUUCAGUGAGUUCAUUCUAAGACUCACCCAGGGGAACAUGACGCAGCUGAAAAGAGUUCUCGUUCUCUCCGGCCUUCUCUCCGUGUGGGACCAGGGAGGAGGAGGAGGAGGAGAAGGAGAAGGAGGAGCUUUAGAGGAUCACAGCAACCAACUUCAUCACCACCACCAUCAUGAAAUGCAGCAGGUAACCACUAAUGACCCUCACCUGUGGAAGGAUGCCCACCUGGAUGCAAGGGAGCGGGAGAAGAACCUGAUUAUUCCUUUAGUACCUCCAUCACCUUCACCUCCUCCUUCACCUUUCCUCCUCAAGCAACACACCUGGCCUUUAAGAGGAGGAGGAGGAGGAGACUUGGACGUUAGUGAAUCAGAAGACAUACUGAAGAAGAGAAAGGGAGAGGAGGGGAAGAAGAAUGUCCAACGAAGGAGGAAACUACACUUAAGGAAACUGAAGAGGAAAAUCAAGGAAGAGAACAAGAGAAGGAAGAGGCAGAUGAGGCUGGCGAACAAGAGGAAGGGGAAGAAGGGGAAUGAGGGGAGACCCAACAUUGUCUUCAUUGUAGCGGACGACCUGGGGUACAAUGACGUCCCGUGGCACAACCCUGACAUCCACGCCCCCGAGCUGCAUCGCCUGGCCCGCCAUGGCAUCGUGCUGGAGAACCAUUACGUGUUACCCGUGUGCACGCCCUCCCGCGCCGCCCUCCUCACCGGCCGAUUCCCGCACAGGGACGGCAGGCAGGCCUCCUUUUCCCCCCUCAGCCCCACCGGCCUCAACACCUCCCUCACCCUCAUCCCCCAACACCUACAGCGCCUGGGCUACAAGACUCACCUCAUUGGCAAGUGGCACUUGGGGUACUGCAGCUGGGCUUACACACCCUUGCACCGCGGGUUCGACUCUUUCUAUGGCUACUACCUGGGGAGCCAAGGCUACUACGACAGAUACAAGCGGGUGUUGAUGCCACAAACAAGGGCGGCGAGGAGCACCAACCGUCGCCAGAGAACAAAUAAGGUGAUUGAUAAUAUUCCGCCUGCUGCCGAGGAGAGCGGUGAACCGGCUGACGUGCAAGGCAGGAGGGGGCACAGCACCAGCCUAGAGAUGAUGGGAGGCGGCGACGCUGGAGGAAAAAGAAGAGAGGGUCGGGAGGUGAAGACAGAGGCGCUGAGUGCAGAGGAGAUGCAAUUGUUCAGGGACGGCGGCUACGACUUCAGGCUGAACGAAACGCCGCUGACCAACGUGACGGGCGUAUACUCUAAUGACUUGUACGCGGCCAGGGUGGAGGAGGUGAUCAAGGGGCACGUGAGGGGAAGUGGGGGGGAUCCUCUCUUCCUCCUCCUCUCCCUGCAGGCCACCCAUGGCCCCCUGGAAGCCCCGCCCCCCUCUUCCCUGCGGAGGGGCGCCCACCCCCCACACAUCGUGAACCCCGCCAGGAGGACCUUUCACGGCAUGGUGGCGGCUCUGGACCGUGUGGUGGGAAGGCUUGUGAGGCAGCUGCGGCGGUCCGGACUGUACCAAAAUACCCUUAUCGUCUUUUCCACGGAUAACGGAGGCAAUUUUCGCGUCGGAGGGAACAACUUUCCACUGAGAGGGGGUAAAGGAAGUGUCUACGAGGGAGGGACGAAGGGAGUGAGCUUCAUCCACUCCCCACUCCUCCCUCACGUUGGACACCGGUACAGGGGACUAAUGCACCUGGUGGAUUGGCGGGCUACUUUAUUACACGCCGCUAGAGGGCCCGCACACUGGCCAACACGAGGCGCGCUACCACUGGAGGAGGAGGAGGAGGUAGUGAAGAUGAGUGAUAUCACCUUGAGAGAAACCACAACUGAAACCGAGGAGGAGGUGGAGGGAAAGAAGAUAAGUGACAUCGGAGGAACAGAGGAGGAGGAAGAGGGAGUAGUGAGGAAGAAGAGGAAGAGAAAGGAGGGGGAAGCCACACUGAGAGAAUCCGUGGAGGAAGAUAGCAACGAGGAUGAAGAGGAGGGGAGUGGGAGGAAAAGAAGAGGUAGACAAGUGGAGAGAAAGAGGAAGACCGGCAAGGAAGAGGAACAUGAAGAGGAAGAGAAGGAGGAGGAGGAUGGUGAUGAUAGUAUUGAUAUGUGGGGGUCGCUGCUCCAUAACACCCCCUCCCCCCGCACCUCCUUCGUCUACACCCUCAGGAAAGGACCGCUGAGGGGAGCCAUCAGGCGGCGACACUGGAAGCUUGUGUUGGGUGUCGGGGGGCGGUACGACGGGUGGGUUCCACCUGAGGAUGUGGGGGGCGUGGCGGGGGUGGGGGGCUACUCCUGGCACACCCCCAACACCCGCCAGCUCACCCACAACCCUCACCUUCACCCUCACCACCGCUAUCACCACACCGUCACCACUGCUAAUGCUGAUGAUGUUAUGUUGUUUAAUCUGAGAGACGACCCGCUCGAGACCACAGACCUCUCCUCCAUGUAUCAAGAGGUCGUGGCCAGCCUGCGCAGUAAACUGAAGGUCCAUGCGCGCCACAGCAAGCACCCACACUCCCCCAGAGAUGACCCGAGAGGACACCCCAGCCUCCACGGGGGUUUCUUCACUCCUGGGUGGUGUGAGCCUGUGGUAUAGUUUAUGUAGAUGGGUAGUGAGGUGUGUGUGUGUGUGUGUGUGUGUGUGUGUGUGUGUGUGUGUGUGUGUGUGUGUGUGUGUGUGUGUGUGUGUGUGAAUUGUGGGAGGUGUUUAUGUGUAUGUGUUUGUCUUACGAUAUUUUGAAAGCCGUAAGUCCAUGGUGUGGGAGGAAGAAGUGUGUGGUAUGUUUUAGGGGGAAGAGAUGAAGUGGAAGCGUGUAGGGUGUUUUAUGGGCGUUGUAGAGGUGGUUGACGGGGUGGGUGGAUAGGAAAGAGAGUGAUGAUUAGUAUUGACUUCGAGAGCCACACACUUCACCUGAGCACCUCACCUGUACUACUGUGAGUGUUUUACUGGGGAUGAAUGAAGUAUUAGAUAGAUGUACGUGUUUUUAGGUGCUUCUGUGACUCAUAUUCAAAGUGUUUCGUGUGUUCUGUGGGUCGUAAUUAAAAUGGUGUCGUGUAUGUUCCUUUGGAGUUACAAACAAAGAGUGUUUUCAGUGCCUGAUAUAGUUUUAUGGUGUAGUAAAUAAAAAGUACUCUAAUUUACGA